GCUUUCGGCGCUUUUGUUUUUCGUGCAAAUCACAAAAAACAAAAUGGUGUAUAUGUAUUCAAUGUUUUAUUUUGGGUUUUAAAGCAUAACUAGAAAUAAAACGAACUUUUUAGGAUAUAUUUUAAAAAACUAAAUGCAGUUGAGUUAGAAGUUAUGAAUAAAAAUGAUCGUUUACAUUUACGCAAGAAGUUAGGUAAGAUCGUGGGAGGCAUGGUGUUUCAUAAACUCAACUAUAACGUAAAUAAAUAUUACGGGGUAAUUUUUAAGUUAUUGAAACUAAAGAAAACGUAGAGAUGAGUGUGAACCUGUUGCACUGGUUAUGUGGGGUGGGUUUGUCGAAUCGCUAGUUUAGCAAAAACUGUUUUUCUGCAUUAUGAGGGAAAUGGUAGGAGGCUGUUGUGUUUGUUCUGACGAUAGAGGCUGGUCUGAGAAUCCACUUGUUUACUGCGAUGGACAAUCUUGCACUGUAGCUGUUCACCAAGCAUGUUAUGGUAUUGUAACUGUUCCAACUGGUCCUUGGUAUUGUCGUAAAUGUGAAAGUCAAGAAAGAUCUGUUAAAGUGAAAUGUGAAUUGUGUCCCAGCAAAUAUGGAGCUCUUAAACGUACAGAUACUUCUGCUUGGGCCCAUGUGGUCUGCGCCUUGUAUAUUCCAGAAGUCCGAUUUGGAAAUGUUACAACUAUGGAACCAAUUCAAUUGCAGUUGAUUCCUGCAGAGAGAUUUAAUAAGGUAUGUUAUAUAUGUGAAGGAAAGAAAUCUUCAAAUGCUACCAUAGGAGCUUGUAUGCAGUGUAAUAAAGUUGGUUGCAAGCAGCAAUUCCAUGUUACUUGUGCACAAGGAUUAGGUUUACUGUGUGAAGAAGCUGGAAAUUAUUUGGAUAACGUUAAAUAUUGUGGCUACUGCCAACACCACUACAGUAAACUGAAGAAGGGUGGUAACGUAAAGACAAUCCCCCCUUACAAACCCGUAGCUAACGAAGCACACAAUUCUGAUUCAAAUUCUGAGAAGGAACCUGAAGGAGGCCCAUCAAAUUCCAAAACAGGUGUUUCUCCACCAUCAUCAGGUAAACGAAAAGCCAUACAGAGCAGCAACAAAGCUCCGGCAUCAAAAAACGCUGGUAAAAACAGUUCUCAACAACAACAGCAACAACAAAAAUCCGUCCAUAAUAACAAAACAAGUGAAAAGACUAAAGCGACUGUGAAAAUAUCAAAACUCGACGAAACAAUACUGGAAAGUGGUGAAAAUAAAAAAGACACUGAAAGUGAACAAAAAGAAACUAAAGACAAUAAGGUAUCAAAAAAGCGCAAGGCUAAUUCAAGGACGCCUACACCUGUUAGUGGAACACCUAGUGAAGUGAGUGUUGUAACUACAGUGACAAGCAUAGUUACACCAACUAGUACAAGCACAAUUAAUGAUAAAAAAAGUGCAAUAAGCGAUAUUAUAGAUAAAACAAAAAAAGUAAAAGUGGACACCACACAAUUGAUUUUAACUAAUCAACCAGUGGUAGCCCUAACUUCGAUAUCUCCUAUAAAAACAACAUCUCCAGCUACAGCCAUAGAGACAAUAACAAGUAGUGAGCCUACGGUAUCAGCUCCUCCAAUCAUCCAAACAACACAAGUACCAUCCCAAUCACUUGUAGUAUCUGUUCCUUUAGCAAAUACUACUCUAAGUCCUCACAAAUCCAUUCUCAAUAAUCAGACGACAACCGUCGUACCACCUGUUGUUGAAGAAAGAAGUAGUAGCAUCGGAAGUACAGAAAGAAGUACUCCUGUCAUUAUUAAUAAUAUGAUAGGAAGCAGCAGUAAUCAGGAUAUUCUAACUUCCGAUAUGAAUUCAGGAGGUCUUAAGAUAACUUAUGAAAAACAGGUGGAUUCCAUAAAUACAGAGGUAGAUAUGGAAUUAGACCUGGAACCCACCCCAUCCACUAAUGUUGAAGUACCUGCUAAAAGAGGAAGAUCUCAAUCUCAAUCAAAUGAAAAGACUGACAGAGCAAGUCGCAGCAGAAAACGCAAUAGUACUGGUGGAUCCAAUUCAACACCUGCAGCCCUCUUAACCAGUAACACUACUCUGCCUAAAAGAUCUAGCAGAUCAACGCAUGUAACUCCUCCUCCCUCUACCGACUCUCCUGGUGCUUUUAGUUCCAUAGUGCCUCCACAGAUAAAGGAUUCCCCACCUAGUAGUCCAAGCUCUGAAAGCCAAAGUGUUCCUCCAAUAAGUAGAAGAACGAGAGCUAGAAAAAGUGACUCAUCUAUCAUUGGUACUGGAUCUGGAUCAUCAAAAGAUAGCAAAGAUGUUAAAAUAUUUCAAAAUGGUUUAUCAGCUCCUCAUAUGUUGGGAAAUCAAUUAAACCCGAAUUCGACGAUGCAUUCGAAAAUGAAUGAUCAUUUAAAUAAUGAAUUAGAGGCUCACAGUAUAUUCAACCCUAACGAAAGCAAUUCUAGUCUUGUAGGACCCCAACUACACCAGAGAGUACUUCAAUCAGCGAGAGCUAGUAGUACUGGAUCUAGUACCGCUUCUGGUGGUAGUGGAUUGUCCUCUAUGUUGAGUGGUGGGGGUGGUAACAUACCUCAAACAUUGGACCAACUCCUCGAAAGGCAAUGGGAGCAGGGAUCCCAGUUUCUUAUGGAACAAGCCCAACAUUUUGACAUUGCGUCACUUUUAUCCUGUUUACAUCAGUUGCGAGCCGAAAAUUUACGGUUAGAAGAACAUGUGAGCUCUUUGAUACAAAGGAGGGACCAUUUGUUAGCAGUUAAUGCUAGAUUAGCAAUUCCUCUUACCAAUCAACCACCUGCAGCUCCAUUAUCGACGCAUUCCCAUUCAGUAAACAAUAUCCAUCCAUCAGUGGCCGCAGUACAUGGAGAAGUACCUAGGUCGUCGAGACAUGGUGGUGGUUAUCCCAGUCAUCCUCAGUCAUCAGCUCAGCAUCCCAUGGAAAAUGGUUUACCACCUGAUACAUAUCCUCCUAGUUCUCAUCGAACCAGAAGUCCCAAUAAUCAUGGCAGUCAACCAAGUCCCAAUGUGAGACAUUCACCAGCUGGCGCGUACACCAAUAGUAGUCUACAAAGACAGAAUGCAGACGGACGUUCUGUGUCUGCACUCCGACCUCCUCAGCCUUAUCUGUUGUACGAUAGGGCUGGAGGACCUUCUCCCCAACAACAGAUGGUAAUACGAAGAGACAGGGGCGAUAGAGAAUCGGAUAUGCUUCAACAUGCCUCUAAACCCAGCUGAAGUCAAUUUGUUGACCCAUCUUUUAGUAUUAAUAAAUUAUUAGACUUGCAUUGACAAAUCAUUAACGAAAAAAAUUAUUUUUUAUAGGUUUGUCAUAGGUAUUGAUUCAGAAAAAUUAGAAAUGUGAGAUUAUCAAUUAUGAAAUUUCGGCAAAAAGAAUAGUCAAUUUGAAUAAGGAAAAUUUAACACAGAAUUAUAUACAUUCUUAUAUAAAUUGCAUCUUCUUUAAUCGAGCUUCAUUCCAAAAGGAAUACAGUGUGUUUGGAAUGUAAUGUGAAAUGUUGUUACAGAAUUUGAACCACAUUUUUUGACCUAAAAUAACUUUAUUGAUGUGCUUAUACAAAAGUGUUUUUCAUUUGUUGUGACCGAUACAUGUUGCCUCUUCGCAAUAUCUCGAACAGUUAUAUGACCAUCCUCUUCAAUAAUGACUUUGAUUUGGCCAUUAUCAACUUCAGUAGGCCGAUCAGAAUAUAAAUCAUCUUUUAGAAAAAAAUCUCAAGAACGGAAUUUUUUAUACCAAUUCUGACACGUGCAAUACCAUCAUAAACUUCACAUAUGUCUUUGUGAUACGCCUAAGGGUUGAUGUUCACAUUUAAGUAGCAUGAGAUUUUUGCAGUUAAUUUUUUUCUGCUGAAACAAAUGUUAAAAAUACUUGAACAGCUCUACAAAAAACCUGAGUGCUUACUUAUUUCGAUAACAUUUGCUGUUUAAGAGUUAUUCAAUGAUGAAGUUGUAUUCAUAGUUAAAUUCAUCAUUUUCCUAUUCUUUAUUUACUAUCGUUUUUUGUUUGCAAUAAAAUUAUGGAGCAACCGUAUAUUUUGUAAAUAUACGGCCUAUCGGAGUAACCGUGUAUUUUGUAAAUAUACGGCUUAUUGGAGUUACCCCAUAAUUUUAUUGCAAACAAAAAGCGACGGUAAGUAAAAAAUAGGAAAAUGAUGAAUUUCAUUAUAAACACAAAUUUUUCGUUGAAUAACUUUUAAACGCGUUAAAUUUCCUACAAGAAAUAACUGUUCAAGUAUUUUUAACUACGUUUGUUUCAGUGGAAAAAAAUUGACUGCAAAAAGUGCAAAAAUAUCAAGUUGUUUAAAUGGGAAAUGUAUAUGAUUUAGGCACGGGUUAAUGUCAAUAUUAAGGAUUGGUUUGGUUCUGAUAUUUACAUUCUAUUUCCAAUCCAAUUUGAGAAAUAAUGGACCCCCUACUGUCUAUAAGAGGCCCAUUGCAUUCUCUUAUUAAUAUCCAUGUUCGAUUACAAAAGAUGCAAUAUUUGUACAAGGUGUCCAAAAUAGUAUUUAUUAUUGAAAAUGUAAGUAAGUGGCUGAUUAAAUAUUCUUAAAAAUUCAUUUUAAGUUGUUUUGUUGUCAAUAAAAGUUAACUAUUAUCAUUUAGAACUCUUCCCAUAUAAUUCGGAAAAUGUAAUAAUACAUUGUGAAAAUUAUUUUUGGGCUAGAGACUCUUACCACUAUUGUGAUCUAUCAUGUAACUUGAGGGUCUCCUUACUUCAAGACAACCAAAUAAAAUUGAUAAAUUGAAUUUAUGAAGUUUGUGCCUCAAUUUUAAAUAAAAACGAUAUUUUGCUAAUAAAAACAAUUUAAAUACGGCCACUAAAGUGCUUAUUUUCAAUUGCGGAUGUAGUUUGACCGAAAUAGAAUUGAAGCAUGGACGAGUUUCAUAUAUUAUUAAAACUGAUGCAAGGUGCAACCAAAAAAGCUAAAUAAUAGGCCACAUAAAUUUGAUAAGACUUCCUUCCUCGAUCCUAAAUUUUCUGUGUUGAUAAAUCUUUAGUGACAUUAAUGAUUGAAGCUUCUCUAUUUUUUAUAAAUCUUCAUGGAUAUAAGUAAUUGAUAUAUUCAGAUUGACAUUAUUUUUAUAAAGUUUCUGAAGACAGUUGUGGUCUUAGUCUAAUUAAUCACCCAUUACAUAUUACGUUUUGGUGUUUGAUCAAUGUCUUAUUUGUCAUUGUUAGGAAUUUCUGGACAUCUUGAACGAAUGAGUAUGUACAUACGUUUUCUAGUAUUUUUUGAGGCUGAUAGUAACUCAUAUGCCAAAAAUCUAGUAUUCGGUUUGAGUUUUGCUCAUUUUAUAUAUUUUUUAUUAAAAAAAAACUUCACCAGUUGUGGUUGAACUUUUGAACUGAAUUAUUACUGAUUUUUUUUUAAAUUAUGAUAUGUACGAAUUCAUUUUUUAAAAUAUGUUUUCAUUUGUAAAAUAUUUUUACUGAAAGUUUGUUUAGGGAAAUUUGUUCACGUUUUUAAUUGUUACCAGUGAGUACAUUACUUAAGUAUUUUAAAUGAUUUUUAUUAAAAAAAAAAAACAAAAACAAAAUCGAUGCUUUGUAGUAAUCUAAAGGGGUGGAAUGAAAGAUUGCAUGUGAAUGUAUGAAUUGAAAACUAUACGAGUGUUUAACAAUAGAUUGCGAAUUUUUUAUUUAAAUAUACAAGCGCACACUUCCUAUAGCGGUCCCUAACUGACGACAGCCGAAGAUAACAAACAUUUUAAUUUCUAGUUUUAGUAAUAAAUGUUAUUAUUUUUUAAAAAGUUUUCAAUGUCUCAAUGGACAAAUUUAAAUUAAUAACCUGCCCAAUUUUAUCGACAUUGCUUUAGAAACAUAUUUUUAAAUGACAUUAUUAUUUUAUGUAAUAAACUUACUAUUUGUCAAAAAGUAUAUUCUCUUCUAAUUUUUGUAAAAUUGACGUUUUUAUUUUUUUAAACUGACUAGUCCUUUUUUUCAAUAUAUAAUGUUUUUAAAAUACUUGUUUUCGUAUUUUAAUGAUGUACCUGAAGUAAAUAUCAUUAGUUUCUCAUUAAAUAACUAAGCUGUACAGAAUGUCCGUCUAUUAUAUAUAUUUUGCAUGUGAAAAACUUGAUCGUAAUUAUAUUUUUGUUUGGCUCAAAAAAUGUGAAGAGUUAAAUUGCUAUAUAUAGCGAAUCUGUCAUAGUGAAAUCUAAAUAAUAUAUUUUUUGUAUGAUUAGUCUUCAUCAUUUUAACAUCUUAUUGUUUCACUCUUCUUAACAUCAAAUUAUUUAUAUUUAUUUCGAAAUAUAUUCCGAACAUAUAGUUUUAGAAUAAUUGCUAAUGUAUAUUUAUCACUUUAAAAAGAUCUUGAAUCAUGAUACAUAGAUAAAUAUACAAUAUUGUUACCAAAAAUCGAUGUCAAGUUGAAACCUAACAACACACCUGCUUAGAUAAAUAAUAAAAAUUCACAGAUUCUAGAUUAUCAAAUCUUGAUAAACAUCUUAAUUCUUAUCAUAUAUUACUAUAUAUUGAGCUUGACUUGAUGACUGGAUAAAAUAUUUACUAUAAUGCCAUUUCUAUUUCAAUAUAAUGUGCUGAUUAAGAUUAUAAUUGUGAUUUUCUUUUAUUAAUCUGGAAAUUGACAAAACUCUUGAUCCUUAGGGCUAAUAUUCUGCAUUGAACUUCCAAUGUCAGUUUUAAACCACAGAUCAAGGUUUUAACGUUAGCGACGCACACGGGGACCAAAUGCAUGAGUUCUUGGCAGAAAUUAUUUCAAGGCAUUAAAUUGGUAAAAAUAGAAUUAAAAGCACAUGUCUAGUAUUUAAGCAUGUUCUAUUAUGGCUAGGCCAUGAAUUAAAACUUUAUGUAUUGAGGGUGUCAUUGGAUACCAAUUAUACUUUUCCACAAAGUCUUGCAGUCUUCAUAGCGUAUUUUUAGAACUUGUUCACAUUAAUUAAACCGUUUGAUAAAUCUAAUAUCCAAUCCAGUAAUCUUUGCUGCAACUUCUGAAACGCUGAAAAAUCUCCUAGCCGUAUUCCCAUCAUUACUGCUUCUGGUCUUUCAUUUUGCCAAAUAAUUAAUUGCUGCUGCUCUCCUGGAUUGCUUAAGAGCAAUCGUAUGAGUACAAGGGAUACAAAGAAGAUACUAGAGUCUUUAGCGUUUGGGUCAGAAAAGAACAUUCUGACUGUACCGAACCAUCCAAGCCCCACUUACAUAUUAGCUUCAAAUUAUUUAAAGAAUCCAUUUUUGGCGCUUCCACAACUUCUUUCUGAGUUUUUUUUCAACGUUUUCAAAUUUCUUGUAUGCCAGCCUGUAUUUGGCAGCUCUUUGGCUUUGGCUGACUUAUUUUUCAAAUUUUUUGUGUUCCUAACAAAGACAUAACCAUAUUUUCAUUCUUAUAUUUUGAAUCUAUAUCUUUCUUCAAACGUUUGAUGAGAAGCACUAUUUCAUUGUCAGAUCUUUUUUGUUCUUGGUCCAUUUUUGUUUCACCAUCUUACUUAAACAAUUAAACUUUAAAAUCAAUACAAGCAGUAUUAUUUUGUCUCGGAAAAGUUUAUUUAUAUUAUUCAACUAUGACCUGUGAAAUAGAUAAAAUUUGUUUAUUCUUGAUUUAAACUAGAGUUUAUAAACCUCAGUUGUAUUUCCGGUUUUACACUAGGUUCUAAAAUUGAUCCUCAAAGAUCCAUAUAAAAAGAGAUCUUUUAAUGAUAGUUCUAUUUCUGUAUACCAAAACAAAAGUGAGUUUUAGUGGUCUCGAUGAUGGAUGGUUAUCAUUCUGUUUAUGUAUUUGAAACGAUACUAGGUACUACAUUUUGUUUCAUAAUCAUUUUGAGACAGCUAAUAAUGACGGACAUCCUGUUCACGAAGCGAAAAAUUCAAAAUUUUAACCCCAAUUAUAUAUUCAAAUACUAACUAGCUUAAAAUAUAGAAUUACGAUGUGAAAGAGGUCACCUUUGAUGUAGUUAUAUAAACAACUAUUGACUGAAUUGUUAUAUUUGGAAUAAAAUUGUAGUGAAAAGAAAAAAUAAAGCAAAGAAAAAUGAAAAUCAAUAAAUUGUAGGUAGUUAUUUAUUAAUUUCAUUAUGAACGAUCACAAUUUGUUUGAUUUUGAUUUUUUUGUAAACUUUAGUUUUAAUAGACGAUAGAUUCUAGUAUCAAUAGUAACAUAGAUUUGGAUGAAUCUCAGGGAAGAAAACCUUAUAAAUAAUUAACUGUUUAAAUUACUUGUUGCCAGUACACAGCCAUAUUAGUAUAUAAUAAAAAAACAAUUGUAAAUAUUAGACCUUGGUAGUUGCCAUGUUUUUUUCAUAAAUUAGAAUAAGGAUCUUAAAAUCUAGUUUUUUAAAAUACUAAAAGGAUCCCUAUUUUUCUGCUUAUAUUUUUGGGGUUUUUGUACUUUUAUAAAUUUAGAAUAGGAAAUUUUAGAUACAAGCUGGUGUGAAUAUACAUUUUGAUUAUUAUUAUUAUUAUUAUUACGUUGUUUUGAAUAUUGUAAAGUUGUAUAUUUUUUGUUUUUGUUUGUAAUAUAAGUAUUUGUAGAAA